AAUACUCCAACAUCGACACACUGCAGUCGAACAUUGUGAGCUAUGGACACAACUAUACAAAGUGAAGGUGCUGAGGAGGUUGAGGAAACAGGACCGGUCACAAACACUAACUCUCAGACCGGUGGCACGAAACCUCUCCACCGCUUCCUCAGAGGAGAGCCCAAGAUAAUAGGGAUUGUGUUGCUGUCCAUCGGCUUGUGCCUGUUCAUGUUUGCGAUUCCUUCGAGAGGAGGCGUAAUGGAAUCAUCAACAGACAAUUAUACCCCCUUUUGGCUGGGCAUCUUGUACUCAAUCUGUGGUAUUCUCUACAUACUUUCAGAACGGCAAAUCCACAAAAAAAUUGUAACAGCAAGUUUUGCCCUCAGUAUCAUUGCAAUACUGGGAACUAUACUUGGCACAAUCCUGUACAUCAAAACUAUAAUCACACAAAAUCAGAUGUAUUAUUAUGGCCAUUAUGAUUUGGCCCCUGACGGCGUGCAGUUUUUAAUGUUAAACAGCCUGGAAGCAGUGUUCCUGUUCCACAGCUUGGUUGCAGGAGUGAUCCUCAUAGCCAUGUCCGUGUUCGCCCGUUUGGCAUUGCGCUCCAGCCAUACACAGAUGUUUGUGGUCAUGCGUUACCCAGCUUCAACAGAAUGAUGCCAAGCUGGAGAAACCACAGUGGACUCCAAACAGUAGUUCAAGAUGGAGUUUUCAUUAGAAUUCAUUCUAACAAGUAAGGAACUUUGAGAAGACUAAAAGAAAAACAUGUUAUUUCUGUUCAUAGAACAUUUAAAUACAAAUAGCAGCAAACUCCAAUAGAUUUAACCGGAUAAAAUAACUAAGAGUUCUGGCUAAUUGGCAGGAUAAUAACUAAGAGUUCUGGCUAAUUGGCAGCAUUUUCCCAGUGUCAUUCCCAGUAUAUAUAUAUAUAUAUAUACUGGGAAUGACACUGGGAAAAUGCUUCGGAA